AUGCGUCUAGCUACUCCUCAUGUUGCCUGGGUACGUAGUUUCAAAGAGGAUUCUCUACCAUUUCCUGAUCGGCACAACAGUCUCCUGCAUGUCAGUACCUUAUAUUUUAUUGAUACCAGUCAUAGUCGCGCAGUCAGCUCACAGCUGGUUUCAACUUCCAACUCCCUAUUGUCUUCUGCAAUCCACGACCAGGUUUCAACAUGUAUUGCUUCUUCUACUCUUCUGCUGCCUGUUCCAGAAAUACAUUUCUGGUCAUGCAUCGUGGAAUGA